UGAAGAAGGGGUACCCAAUCGGAGUACCCCUCACUUCCUGACCCACACAACGAGCUCAACAAUGCGCCCGAAGCACCCUCCCACGUGCCACGGUUCAAAACUCCGCACUAGACAUCAUGAGACCACUUUCGUGAUCUUGCUUGACAUUUGUCUCUUGCGGCAAGAUUUCCUUUCGCCGUUAGCUUCCGACGCCCUACCUCUGAUUGGCUGGUCGAUCGCUCGAGAUUAUGCCUCCAGAACGAUUUUACACACCACAACACGCAGACAUGCAGAUAUUCGGGAAUGUUGCGAUAAAUCACACAUGAAAGCGAAUGAUCGGUCCAGGUGCAGAUUAGGAUUAGAAAUCAAGAGUUGCUUCCCCGCACUAAGAUGGAGCAUAUCUAUAUGCACGCUUCGGCAUCGCGUAGAUUGUAACCUUCGACUCAUACACGGUCCCAGAACGACCAUUGGCCUUCAGCUUCACAUUUGACUAGUAUCACUUCUAUAUCCAUUUGAUCAUGGCCUCAUCCGAGCAGAAGAAGCCAGGGCACGAUAUGUUCUCCAUGCAAGGCAAAACCACUGUUGUGACUGGAGGUGCAAGAGGCAUUGGAUUUGCUUUGGCCCAGACUGUAGCCGAGUUUGGCAGUGACGUUGCGCUGCUUGAUAUUUCCGAGAAGCCGAGCGCGGAUCUAGCGCAGAUGGAGAAAGAUACUGGCGUCAAGUGGAGAUACUAUAGGGCGGAUGUGACUAACCAGGAGAGUUUGAAGGAAGCGUUCGAUAAGGUGGUGAAGGACUUCGGGCAUAUAGAUACCUGCAUCACUGCAGCAGGCAUCGCCCUCGACAAGCCGUUUCUCGAGCAAACUUGGGAUGAAGUUCAGAGAAUCCUUAACAUCAACGUCAUGGGCACCUUCUUCACCGCCCAACUAGCUGCGCACCACAUGCGCUCAAACUCUAACUCCUCCGGCGGUUCCAUCCUCCUCAUUUCCUCCCAAACCGCCCACACCACCACACCCGCGGAGCACACCUCCUCGUACGGUAUGUCCAAAGGCGCCGUCAAAACCCUCGCUCUGCAUCUCGGCGUUGAGCUCGCGCCGUACAAGAUCCGCGUGAACAGUAUCUCGCCGGGCUUCAUCGAGACGGAGAUGGGGCGCGCUGCGGCGGAGGCGAAUCCGCAGAUGAAGGAGGUGUUUGAGAAGGCGCCGCCUCUGGGACGGAGGGGCCAGGUGGGCGACUUGAAGGGCGUGGCGGUUUGGCUGCUGAGUGGGGCGGGGGCUUGGACGACGGCGACUGAUGUACUGAUUACGGGCGGGUUGCAUGGGGGCGGGAUGCAUUUGAGGGUUUGAGUGAACUGAAGCUGUGGACGCAAGGGAGGGUGUGAGGUGCUGGAGAAGCAGAGCGUGUCUAGGUCGUUCUAAGACCUUAGGAACGGAACUUCGCGGGCGAAACGCAAGGUAACGCGGAAAGCAAUUGGUUAGAGAAGAUGUAAUUAAGCCGUCCUCAAUGCAGCUCCCAAGGCCCCGGGAAGGC